GGGGGCUGAGGCUUUUCCCGGCCACCUCUGGCCUCGGGGCUGGCUGAGCCUGGGGAUGAAGGGGCGAGCACAGCCUUGCUGCGGGCGAGGAGAGGCGGGUGGGGCGCUGGGCCGCGAAAGGGGCAGUUUGAGCUGCCGUGACGGGGAAGCGGGAGGCCCGUGGUUCUGAGGGGAGCCGGGCGGGGCAGUAACCUGCAACAGCUUCCCGGCCGUGUCUGGGGGCAGGAGAUCGCGGAAUAACAAAUUACGAGGAAAUCUUCCCUCUUCCUGUCGCGCUUCUGGGAGGAAAGCUGGCGGGGGGUCGGGGAGCGUCCCUGGGAGACUAGCCCGGUCCGGCCGCGGGAGGGAGGCGGGACGGGCUCUCUGGGUGGCGCUUCCCACAAAAGCUGUUAGGGCCGCUGUGUCCUUUUAAAAGACGGCGGUCGGAUUUCCUGGCUGAACCCGUGUAAAACUUGGACAGUAAGUGGCCACCUGAAUCUUAAUCGGUUGGGGUUCCUCGGAACGUGGCGGGAGUUCUCCCGCUCCCGCGGGGGGUGCUGCUGAGGAGGGGUUUUCUCUCAGGACACGGCGACCUGUUACAACCCAUGAGAUGAACCGGAGACUCUGUCAAACGAGAAGGCAAGUCAAACAUCCACAGAUACAUUCCUAAAAGUGUUCUACCUUGCACUAGAGGAAGAAUAAUCAUCUGCUGCAGUGAAGAAACAUGUAUUUUUAAAUUUUUUUCCAAGACAGCCAGAGGAACUCAGAAUGAGUAAAACCAAUAAUUUUGGCAUUCCAAGUCCAUUUUGUGUUCUCUGUGGACGGACAGAUGACUGCCCUGAGAAGUAUGGAGAAAAAAAGACCUAUGUGGAACACAAUCUCACUGUUCACUAUUACUGUUUGUUGAUGUCAAGUGGCAUUUGGCAGAGAGGGGAAGAAGAUGAAGGUGUAGAUGGAUUCUUAAUCACAGAUAUUAGAAAAGAAGUAAAUAGAGCUGCAAAACUGACAUGUAACAUCUGUAAGAAGAAGGGUGCUUCAAUUGGAUGUGUAGCUCCCAAAUGCAAACGAAGUUACCAUUUUCCUUGUGGGAUACAAAAAGAAUGUAUUUUCCAGUUCAUGGAAGACUUCAGAUCUUACUGUUGGGAACAUAAACCAGUCCAAAAGAUUUCAGACGAAGAAUCUAGAGGAACUUCACAGUGUACAAUAUGUCUGGAUUUGGUUGAACAGGUUCCAAUGUACACUGUAUUGAAAAGUCCUUGCUGUAAAAACGCUUGGUUUCAUCGAGAAUGCUUGCAGUAUCAAGCUUUGAGUGCUGGAAUAUUUUUCUUUAGAUGUACAGUAUGUAAUAACAAGGACAAAUUUCAGAAAGAAAUGCUGAGAAUGGGUAUACACAUUCCAGAAAAGGAUGCAUCUUGGGAACUUGAAGAAAAUGCAUAUCAAGACCUACUGCAAUGUUAUCAACACUGUGACACUAGAAGAUGCCGCUGCAAGAAAGGAAGAGACUAUAAUGAACCUGAUAGUAAAUGGGAAAUAAAGCGUUGCCGGUAUUGUGGUUCCCGUGGAACUCAUUUGGCCUGUUCGUCUAUGAAGUCAUGGGAGCAAAACUGGGAAUGCACAGAAUGCAGAAGUAUCCUUGCAAAAUCAGGGAACUAUAGCAAACAGAAGAAGCGUUCUUUGGCUACCUCGGAAAAGACGGGUGGAACAACUUGUUUGCUGGAAGAGCCAUCUCCAAAGUGCCCUCGACAGUCACCUGGGUCUCAACGCAAUUUUCUUCUCCAAUCACCAAAAAUCAUGUGCCAGAACAACUUGUCACCCUGCUCGCACCUAGAACUUCCAGCAUCCAACAGAGUGAUGAUGUCCUUAUCUCCACUGAUGUCAAACAGGAACUGGUCCCUGAGGAGAAAACGUUUAAGAGAGCAAAGAAGAGAAGUUUCUAAUAUACUGAAGGAGUUAAAGCUGCAAGUUAAUACAAAAACUACAAGGCUUAACAUCAAUGCAGAAAACAUCUGGAACAGUGCUUUAAAAGGAUUUAAACAGCGCAACUUCAAUCCUAUGAAGACCAUUGAGAUAAAAUUCACAAAUGGUAAAAAUAAAUCCAAGACAGAUGCUUCUGCUGCUUCAAAACACCGUUUCUUCCAGUUAUUAAUGCAUCACCUUCAGAAUUCAUCAUUGUUUGAGGGCUCUUCUGCAAAGAACUUGGCCCUUGAUUUUCAAGCUGUAGAAGAGAAUCUUUAUUUUGAAGCUGGUAAAAUGAUUGCAGUUUCUCUGGUUCAUGGUGGCCCGUCUCCUGGUUUCUUUUCCAAAACACUGUUUGAUUGUCUUGUCUAUGGCCCAGAGAAAGUGAAGCCAGCUUUAGAAGAUGUUGCUGAUGUUGAUGUAGCACAAACAAUAAAAAUGAUAAAAUAUGCAGAUAGUCUGGCUGAACUACAGUCUACAAUACACGACUGUUACGAAUUCCUUGCUGCUGCUGGAUGUUUAAGACCUAUAACAUCUUUGUGCGAUAAGAAGAUGCUGGUGAAUGACAUAUUGAUCCAUCAUGUAAUCAAGAGAAUUAUUUCACCCUUAGAAAGUUUUAGGCAAGGUUUGAAAACUCUUGGUGUACUGGAGAAAAUGCAAAUGCAUCCAGAAGCAUUCUCUAGCAUAUUGUGCCACAAGCCUGAAAGACUUUCAGCAGAAACCAUUUGUGAUCUCUUUAAAAUCCAUUCCUCAUCAGAUGUAGAUAAGGUUCAAGGUGCUGACUUUUGGAUGGGUUAUUUGCAAGAUGUGGAAAGUGGUGAGUCUGUAGUGACGUUGGAAGAUAUUCUGUUCUUCGUAACAGGCUCUUAUUCUGUACCACCCAUUGGUUUUGAUCCUGAACCUACUAUUAAGUUUUUGCAUAGAAGAUAUCCCACUGGAAACAGAUUCCUUAAUUGCUUAGAGCUCCCUAUAACAACAACAUAUGAGCAGUUUAAAAAUAAAAUGGAUUUGACAAUCAGAAACACACUAACAGUCGAAAGAGAAUUUAGCUUCUGAACUGGAUGCUGGAAACUUCAGUUUUCUGCAGGAACGUCUGUUUGCAAAUCGCUACUGUAUUUUUAGACAGCAUGCUCUCAGCCUUUCUCACUUCUCUUCCAAAGAUAUGCUAAAAGUAGUAAUCCUGUAAGUUGGAAAAUUAUUUUCAAAUGAAAAUACACUUCAUCUUUUGAAUCAUCUUGUUUGUAGUUGGCUUUAAGAGUCAGCAGUCUCUUGCAGAAGUACUUUAAAUGUCUACUUUUGCUGUAGACACCUAUGAAAUGUUACAAAACUCUCUAACAUUCUAGUUAAUUCCCACAGGUAAGUAUGUUGAGUAUAUAACAUCAGUAACUUAUUUAUCAAGGUCGAGUCAGGUACAUUUUGAAGACAACUGCUGCAGAGCUUUGUCUCGGGUAAAAUGGUGAUGCUAUUUUUCAGUUGUUCCAUGUAUAUUUUUUCAGUAAUUGUUUUUAUAUCGAUGAUUCAUUUACAUUUUGAUGAUUCAUACAAACGUAUGAAUGUUAAGAAACUUGGAGUUUUAAGUCAUUGUGGUUAGUGCAUUGGAAUAGAAUUCAGGUCUGGAGAAAACCCAGGCAAAAUAAUAAGGCACAAGAACAAAAUGUGGUGGAACUCCAGUUUCUCUUAUUAAACAAAACCUUUGGCAUUUGCAGAUGUUUCUGCAUUCUGCUGUUAUACAUUAGUUUUUAAUUGUACAUGUAGCCAAAAUAAUAAAGACUAGAAGUAAAUCUUGAAUAUGCAACAAUAAGUGGUCUUCCAAAAUGAAAUGAGUUAAACUUAAUGCUAUUGAGUAUGAAAAUCUAGGAAUUUGUUGCUCAUUAGAACAUGUUACUUCGUCUUUAAUGUCAGUAUUUUCAUAGGAAUAUGCACUAAAACCAUUAAACUAAAGGUAGGCUACCAUCAAACUUGUCAGUGCCUGACAUUUUUCUAGCUUUUAGUCUAAACUCUUCUUGUUUAAUUGUAGGUGCAUUCUGAGCAACCUCAACUGUACAAAAUAUACUUCAGUUCUGCAGUAUUUGUAUAAAUACCAUUAAGCCAUAUAAAAGAUGAGAAGUGAAACCCCUAAACUGUAACACUUUAUUCUUACUAAAACUGUGAGACUAAAAGGACAUUUAAGUACAGUUUUUAAAAAAUGUAUGCAGGUCUCUCUUUUGAAAUGACUAUUUCCACCCUUUAAGUUUGACCACCUAUACUGCAUCCUAAACAUAGAUUGUGUUAUAUAUGUGCAUAGUUAUACAUAUCUAGAUAUGCCCACAUUCUUCAAAAUACUGAAACGUAGUAAUACUUUGUUUUAUUAAUAUAGCUUGGUUUUAAUUGAAAAUACAAGGAGGAUUGCUUUACUUUUUUUGAAUGCCUUGACAAGAAAUUACACCCACAGGAAAUUACAAAUGGAUAGGUGCUUCUAGUAAAAAAAAUAAUCCAAACUAACCUGGUUUCUGGUUUAUGGUUCAUUGCAAAUAUUCCUCUAAUUGACAGAUUGCUUUACUAGACGCUAAUUGCACAGCAGUGUACUGCAACUCGGGAACUAUGGAAGUGGCAGUCAAGUCUCACUAAAUUUAGGAACAUGCUAUGAAGGGUUAAAGACAGAGGCAGAUGGGUAUUUAAAUUGCACAGUUCAUUUAACAAUAAGCAGCUAUUUUGAAGUCUUUCUUCAACUGCUAUAUCUCCUCUUUCUUGAUCUUGGGAGAGGUGCUAAUCUUUUGUUAGACAGACCUGUUUCUGUCACUGGGUAACAAAAGUGACAGUGCCUUUUUUAAUUUCAACGUUUCUGAGGGAAUUAUUGCAAGGCUUAGAUCAAGCAUUUCUCACUACUUUCAAAUAGCUAAAACAAUCUAAUCUCAAAGUCCUGUCAUUAAAAAUUUAAGAAUAUUUGAAAUUAAGGCAGAGCUAGUGGUAUUUUUCUGGUUCUUAGCCAAAAGCAUAUUAAAGUUUCCUUUAAAAUCGGUGUAUAAGCUCUUGCAGAAUGUCAUUUGACUUGUUAAUAUACUGUUUUCUCAUUCUUUUCUGAUAUUUUUUUUCUCCAAUAAUAUUUCACGUUUGUCAUCUCUGCAUAAUCUUUGAAUGUCAUACUGCCAAAUAACCUCUUUAUAUCCUUACCCUUCAGAAUGGUCUGUUACCAUUAUAAGGAAGGUGUGUUGUUUCAAAUGUAUUUGCAUAGUAAGGAUUCAUGUUGUCUGUUCAUAUUUUUAAAAUAUAGCAAUGAGUCUCCUGCAGAUAGAGUAUAAUACUUGAGAAAUGAGCGGCGUACCCAGUGCAGUGUCCCUUUUUCUUACCUACUUGGAGACAAAUGUCUUCUGUAAUAUUAUGUUAUUUUUCUGUAUGGAAAGUACAGAACUUACAGAAGUAGCAAGCAGAGUGUGGAUAACUUUAAAGGACAAUUCCUGGACUUUUGGUACCUGCGAUGGCAAGGGAAAUUACUUAGAACUUGGAAUAAACUGCAUUUUAAAACAUUUCAUGGAGAAUAGAAGGCUUUAAAAAGUAUCUAAGACAAAAAUAGGGUUGGUUCACACCUUUUAUUGUUUUAGUUUUGAAUUCAGCAGUUUAUAGGUUUUAUAUAGAGGUAGAACUAACCUAUCUGUCAGCUGUAAGAGAAAUCUUAAUUAAGCUUUAAAACUAUCUGCUAUACAACGCUAUAUCAAAACAUGGAAUUUGUAAAAUCCUGUAGUUACUAAUAUUGCUUGAAAACAUUUUGCUAAUACAGAACUUUUUCUUGUUUUCUAAUAUUGAUGUUUACACAUGCAGGACAAGUUGUCUUUCCUUUCUUGUCAGUUUGAUAAGUUCCAUCUAGACACUGUAAAAUAAUAUGUGAUAUAUUCAAGUUAAAUGCCUAACUCCUGCUAUGGAGAGGAACCUCCUCUCUUUUGGUCAUUUUCAGCUUUCAGUUAUAUAGACCAAUCUUACAUUUCCUCUGUUUAUUAAAAUUUCUGUUGAACAAGCUGAUGUCCAAUCCAUCAAAACACAGAAAGGCCUCUUUUUGUCUGGAUACCAUGAGAGCAAUUUCCAUAGAUAUAAUGACCACCAGGUUUUAAUUGCUAUGGCAGGUCACUGAAGUGCAAUAUUAUUGGGUAGUUUUCAUUUUACAUAAACUUUAACCUGAGGCACCCGUAGAAAUCAGGGAAGUUGUGUACUUUGAGUGUUUCUGUAUAUACAUUAGCUGUUGUGUAUUAACUAUGUUUUUAUAGAAGUUACAUCUUUGUCAUGGCCACAAGAGAACUAUUGCACUCCUCUUUGGGUUUAGCCAAAGAACUUCACCCCUCAGCUUCUGCAUCAAACCCUAAGCUUCCAUCUGGAAUUAGCACAUCAAAUAAGCUAUUUAUUUUCUAGAGUGAUCAUUUCCUAGUAAACAACAAUAGAUGAGUAUUUUAGAUCUGUGUCUGAAAAAACAAGGGAUAAGAAAUUUCUGUGACUUGCUUUCACCCAUGCAAGGGAUGCUUACUAGAAAAAGCUGAUAGUAUUUUUAACUUGUUUAUGGGUGAAAUAUAGUCAAAAGAAGUUAAUAUCAGUUCAUAUUUAGAGUCUAAAUCAUUGUGUGCCACAGCUUUGACUUUUUUCAUUAAGAUGUUCAGUCUUGGGAUUAGAAGACUUGCAGAUUUUGAGAAGUAUAUUUAACAUGUAAAGCAAAGUAUUAGUCAUUAUUAACACUCACAUUCUGCAUGUGCAUUUUGAAAACAGUAUCAAAAAAUUCUCAUUCAAAUAGAAGGAAAUGCAGCUCUGGAGGCUACAAAAUAUAUCUUUAAAAUUUAUUUUCUUUUUGUAUUAUAUGGGGAAAGCAUUUUAAAGCUCAAGCUUCCUUUUUUUUUUUUACUUAAGGGAAUUGCUGGUUGGGUAAAAAAAUGAAAUGCAAGAACUUUUACACUGUCAAAUAAUGUGUACAAGAAAUCAUUGUCAAAAUACUAAGGUUUGUAAAAAAAAAAAAAAAAGCAACCCUCUGAUUUUUGUAUUGCAUAUACAAUGUUCUUUUAAAACUUAUGCUAAUUAGAGUAUUAUGUAAGAAAGUAUAAUUUUGUAAAUACUUCUAGCUCUAACUUGAACUGCAGGAUCAGUGCUUGAAGUGUUGCAUCUUCAAGCAAUGUUAUACUUGACAGGUGUAGCAUUAGUGUUGAAAUAAUUGGUAAUUGUGGGAAAUAACUGUAUCUGUUUGAAGUGCAAUAAAGCCAUAAAUUUCUGUUGGAGUAA